CGUGUACGGUUGAUAUAUAAUAAACAUAGAUGUACCAACUGUUAUUUUAUUCUUUCCUGAGGGAUCUGUUGGAAAGAAUUUUCAGACUUUUCGACGUGGAAAGACAAGACCAGCUGGUGCAGGAAGACUGGUACGAGUUUUUGAAGCAGAGGUUAACCGAAGAUAAACAGUUGGACUUUGUGGAGCAAGUGGAAAGCGUUGCGUACGUGCUCUGUGGAGAUGGAGUGAUCACACUAGACACUUUUCAGCUUAUCUUGAAAAACAAAGUGGUUACCAACAAACUUUUGCGGGUGGUAGACACCGACGGGGACGGCUACGUUACCGCCGAUGAAAUCAUGGAGUUUCUUUCCACACUUACAAGUUCAAGGCCACGUAUGGGUAUCGACAAAUUUAGCGUGGACCGCUUGGAACAGCUCUUCAGACAAACAGUAGGUGAUCAGAAGGAGAUAACCAGAGAACAAUUUCAAAAAAUUGUUGUCUCGAAAAAUCCAUUUUUCACUGAGCGAGUAUUUCAAAUCUUUGAUGAGGACAACUCCGGAACAAUAUCACAUCACGAGUUCAUCGCAGCCGUGCACAGGUUCGGAAGACAAACUCCAGAGGACAAAAUAAGAUUCCUAUUCAAAGUUUACGAUUUGGACGGUGAUGGUCUCAUACAACAUCGUGAAUUACAGCACGUAAUGCGUGCAUGCAUGGAAGAGAAUGGUAUGCAGUUUUCUGAUGAACAACUAUUAGACCUCACCAGUGCUAUGUUUGAAGACGCUGACACAGAACAACGUGGUGCCAUUACGUACGAGGCUUUAAGAGACCAGUUGAACACGCACGGGGGGUUAUUGGAAAACCUAUCUAUAAGUAUAGACCGAUGGUUGGUGCCGCCAAAUCCAAAAAAAGAACCAAGCACUCUUCGGCAUCGUUUAUCAAAAAUGAAACCGUACCAACUAUCCUUGCCAUACUUUAAGAACAACUACGUCUACUUAAGCUAUCUAUUCCUAUUCUUCACAGUGAAUUUAGGUCUAUUCGUGGCAAGGAUAGUGGAGUAUCGAGAUUCGAAUAUCUUCGUUAUAUUUGCUAGAGCUUGUGGCCAAUGUCUCAACUUUAACUGCACCUGGGUAUUAAUCGUCAUGCUCCGUCGUUGUAUAACAGCACUGAGGGAGCGAGGAUUCGGUUCCGUACUGCCACUGGACUAUCACAUCUAUCUGCACAAGCUGACUGGUGUAUUAAUUGUUUUAUUUAGCAUUUGGCACACUAUCAUGCACUUGAGUAACUUCAGUCUGAUAGUAGUAAACGAUUCAAUACUGAAUGCGAACAAUUACACUGUCUUUGAAUGGGUGUGUACAACUCGACCGGGUCUGUUUGGCCUGUGUGCUGGAUGUGCAAACCCCACCGGUAUCGCUCUGUGUGUAGCGCUGUUUGUACUUGGUGUGUCCUCAAGACCUGCACUCAGGAAAGGAGGAUGUUUUGAGGUGUUCUAUUUCGCUCAUCUUCUCUACAUCCCGUUUUGGAUUCUGCUAAUUAUCCACGCGCCGAACUUUUGGAAAUGGUUCAUUGUUCCAGGCACCAUAUACGUUAUUGAGCGCAUCAUGAGACUCGCUUGGAUGAGGUCUGAAGUUGGAAAAACAUACAUAGCUUCUGGAAUAUUGCUACCGUCAAGGGUCACACACCUGGUGGUGCGCCGGCCGCCUCAGUUUGAAUUUCAUGCUGGGGACUACGUGUUCGUAAACAUUCCUACCAUUGCGAUUUACGAAUGGCAUCCUUUUACUAUCAGCAGUGCUCCAGAUCAGGAAGAUUACAUUUGGCUUCAUAUCAGAGGCGUGGGCGAGUGGACCAAUCGUCUUUACGCCUACUUUGAAGCGGAACAAGAACGCCUACACGGCAACGAGGUUAUACAUGAGAAGGUAACUCGUAGCGCUUCGGGUCAGAGUAACAUAAGCAAACGAAAGGGGUCUGCAGGCAGUGCGAAGAAGCGCUCCGUGGACUUCUCCCCAGUAGCCUACACUAACGAAGCCUUCACUAUUGAUGAAGAAACUGAAAAUGGAUUUAUUGUUUUAUCUCCAACAUCUCAACUGCCGCGACCAUCAUUUUUGUCUCCGCUGAAGUUUCUUGAAAAAUCUCGGUCAAUGCCUGACGUACGCACCAACAGAAAGUUACAAGCACUACGGGAUUAUCACCGCAGUGAAUCCACCCGUAGUUUCUCAGCGUACGAGAUGCGGCGUGCGCGAAAGCUCAUCGGUGCGGAUCCACAAACACGCGCACUGGCGCACAGCUUCCGUUACAUGCGCACGAAGCCUACAAUAAUCGCUUGUAAACCACCCAGUGAGGAGAGGCGACGGUCCAAUGAGAGUAUACUGAGCAUUGCUAGACGUCGCUUAUCAAAGAGCCUGUCGUCAGAACGCGACGUAGAAGUCAUGGAUAAGCCUUGCAUCAGUGUGGAGUCACCAUCAGAGUGCACUAGCAGCGACUAUGGAGAUAACUAUGCUGUGGGAAAACCAUUGGAGAUCUUUCUGGAUGGGCCGUAUGGCGCAGCGUCUUCACACAUUUUCCGAGCUCAACACGCUGCUCUUAUAGCCGCUGGUAUUGGAGUUACGCCCUUCGCCUCCAUCCUGCAAUCAAUAAUGUACCGCUACUGGAGCAACAGAGCUACCUGCCCGAAGUGCAGCCAUACCUUUGCCACCAAACUGCCCCAGAAUAGCAUGAGCUUAAGGAAGGUUGACUUCUUCUGGAUCAACCGUGAACAGAGAUCUUUUGAGUGGUUUGUCUCGCUGCUAUCUCAACUAGAAAUCGAGCAAGCAGAAGCGGGAGGGGAGAGGUUCCUGGAAAUGCACAUGUACAUCACCAGCGCUUUGCAGAGAAGCGACAUGAAGGCUGUCGGGUUGCAGCUUGCUUUGGAUUUGUUGCACGAAAAAGAAAAACGUGAUCUAAUAACAGGGUUGAAAACGCGAACAAACGCAGGCCGUCCGAAUUGGGACAAAGUAUUCCAACGUCUUCAAGAACAACACAAAGGGAAAAUAACAGUGUUCUACUGCGGACCACCGCAACUUGCACGGAUUCUGCGAGUCAAAUGUGACCAGUUUGGGUUUAACUUUAGGAAGGAAGUUUUUUAAAGUGAUCUUUUAUGGAUGAAUGACAACAAACCUACCUGGGGCCCAUAGGGCAUUUGACUGUAUUAAAAAUAUCACUUGUGCUAGCGUAAUCCUUAAAGAUAAUUAUUUUUCAAUGUUAUUUCAUGACACGUAACUAAAAAAUAAGGAAUACGUUUUCUAUAAGACAUACAAUAAAAUUAUUUUUUCCGAGACAAGUUCACGUGAUCACAAACGCCAUGGAGUAAACAAUGUGGUAUUGCCAAUGUCAAGAACUUCAUAACUAGGGUCUCUCUGAUUCUCUGAACGAACUUCAAAAGUUUUUUAUACAUUCAAAUGUAGUUUUUAAACCAUUGUUUCUCAUUAAUAAGCCCUUAAAACUAGAACGCGCGACAUUUCUCUUUAUUAUCAGAUUUUACAUUUCUUUAGACUUUUGACGCCAUUGCAGUCACGUGACACCAAACCGAGCGUUUCCUUGCCAUAUUUAUUCAUUACAAUUUGUUUAUAGAAUGAUAUAUAAAAAACUGAAAUCUGUGACGAAAUAUACAUAUUAUUAUUAUUUUUUUUAAAAUAGCGUCAUGGUUCAUUUGAGAGAAUAAAUAAAAACAGUCAAAUACUCUAUUCUGGUAUAGCAAUCGUGUCUCAGUAUUCGAUCACUGAAAAUAAGUUUAAUUGUUGUUGAACAUUACACA